AUUCUACAGCCAUAAACAAGAAUUGAAUUGAAAAUAUUCUACACCUGAUCAGCAGUUGCGGGGAUUUUUAAUUAUUUUAUUGUAAACAUGUCGUUAACACUUCUUUUAGAAAAGUACGAUGUAUCUACAGAAGAAGGUCUUCAAAAGGCCCUCAGUGAAAUCGAAAAAGAAGAGUGUGAAGUAAAUGAAGCCCUUUGCAAUGCACUAUCCCGAGCAUGCACUUUGGAGGGUAGACUACGAGCCGCUAGUCAGGCCUACUCAAAACUGGGUGAGGUUAGGAAUGACACACAAGUUGCUGCUGAUAUGGUUGACAAGACAGCAUUAUUGGCAAGGGAUGUCAGUGCUAAAGUGCGACAGUUGGACCUUGCUAGAUCCCGUGUGGCGGAGUGCCAGCGUAGAGUGCAUGAUCUGAUAGACCUCAGGGUGUGCAGUGCUGGUGUGGACACUGCUCUUAAAGCUCAUGACUAUGAAACUGCGGCAGGACACGUGGCACGCUUCCUCAGUAUGGAGCCCGGCUCGGUAGAAGCGGCGCGGGCUCGAGGGGCCCCCGACCCACGGCGAGACAUGGACGCCGCAGCCAAUACCCUACGAGACCACUUAGUUCGCAAGUUCGAAGAAGCCUCCAAAAAGGAAGACGAGGCAUCUAUUGAGAGACUGUUCAAACUGUUUCCACAGUUCGGUCGAGCUGAGGAGGGUGUGGAUUUACUCGCCAAAUAUCUUGCUUCUCAGCUGGAAGUGUCGAUCCGCCGCGCGGCCACGGUGUCGGAGCUGCGGCUGGACGCGGCCGUGUUCGCCGACUCGCUCACGCGCGUGCUGGAGAGUGGCGCGUCCGCCGUGGAGCGAGCGAGACGGCUGCUGGCCGCCGCCGCCGCCCCGCCCUCCGUGCAGACGCACGCCUUGUUGCCGAGAGCCAUUGCGAUCAUGCAGCCCACGAUAUGCGCGGGCGUGCGGCGGGUGAGCCAGCAGAUGGUGGCGGCGCGCAAGCUGGCGGCGGCCGACCGCGCGGACCCGCUGGGCGCCGAGCACGCGCUCAACGAGCUGGCGCUGGCGCACUCGCGCCUGCAGCUGUACCUGGCCUUCCUGCGGCGCCGCGCCGAGGUGGACACAACCCUGGACGCGGCAGCGAAGGCUGCGUUCUCGGAGGCCGUGGAGAAGAUCAUAGCGGGCUGCGACACCACGCGCACGGCGCAGGACGUGCUCAGCCAUUACCUCACCCUGGAGCGGUAUUUCCUGGAAGAGAGCGUGAACAAAGCUCUGAAGAUGUCUAGCAACCAAACCGCUGCAACGACAUCCAGCCUUGUGGACGACGUGUUCUUCAUUGCCAGGAAGGUUAUUAGGCGCAGCAUCUCGACGGGCAGCGUGGACGGCGCGUGCGCGGUGCUCAACGAGGCGGGCGCGGCGCUGGAGCGCUGCGGGGCCGCGCUGCGCCGCCGCCUGGCCGCGCCGCCGCUCGAGCCGCUGGCCUUCCCCGCGCCGCCCGCGCGCCUGGCCGUGGCACGCGACCUGGACGCGCAGCGAGCGCUCUACCUGGCGCACAUGAACGAGGCGGAGGCGGGCGCGGAGUGGUCGGAGCGGCUGGCGGCCGAGGCGUGCCGCGAGGCGGAGGCGCUGGUGCGCGGCGCGGACACGGCGCGCGCCAAGCUGCGCUCGUGCGCCGCCGGCCUGGGCGCCGCCGCCGCGGCCUUCCGCGCCGCGCACGACCUGGCGCUGGCCGCCCUGCGCGCCGCCCUGCUGCCCACCGCCGCCGCCUGGGCCGACGCGCUGGUGGACCCUGACACCGACGCCGAGGAGCUGGGCUCGGAGGCGGGCGCGCUGCCCGCGGCGCUGGAGCAGCUGGCGGAGCAGGCGCGGCUGCAGCUGCCGCGCGCGGCCGACGCGCUGCUGGCCGGCGUGCUGGCCGACCUGCUGGCGCGCGCCGAGAGGGCCAUGCUGAACAACCACUACGACCGGGUGACCGCCACUUGCAUACGCUCCGAGCUUUCGUGUCGCCCUAUUGUAAAUAAAAGCACGAAGCACAUCGCGGCACACAGGUCGGCACCUACGCCUGAGGUUCGUGGGCACGGCGGAACAUUGCUGGAACUGUUCCUUGCAUGCUUUCCAAAGUGUUGGGUCUGUUUGUGGCAACGGUUGUCCACUGACGGUGCGUCGAUCGUUGCUAUGAGAAUCCCCUGUAAGACAGUUGUCUGUGCGCAGCGCGGCGGCGCGCGCGUGGAGCGGCGCUGCCGGCGCGUGGCGGCGUGGGCGGGCGCGGGCGCGCCGGGCGCGCGCGAGCGGGCGGGCGCGCUGAGCGCCGCGGCCGGCCUGCUGGCGCUGGAGCGCGCCGCGCACGCGCCCGACGCGCUGCCGCCCUCCGCGCCGCUGCCGGCCGCGCGCGUGCGCGACGUGCUGGCGCGCAGGACGGACUUCAAACUAGAAGACAUCAAACGCCUAAAACUCUAAAGGAGCAUUUAAUCAGGAAAAUGUAUAAUAAUUUAUAUCGUUACCUUAUCUUUAAUAAAUA